UUGGUGGCUGAGUGUCAGGACAGGUGAGAGGUAACGAGUUAAGAGGUCGUCAUCAAUUGAUAAGUCUGGAGAAUAUUCGCUGUGUUUUUUAGCUCCGCUCAGAGCGGCGCUAACGCUGCCUGUCAGCGGGAUGAAGAGCGGAAGAUGCUUCGGGGAAACCUGAGCGCGUGCCACGCUGCUACAACUGCUCUGGAUGAGAUUUGUAUGCUAGCUACUGUUAGCAACCUGCUAGCUUCUAAAAUGUCGCAACUAAGUUCUUGCAGCUAAUUUGAGUCAUGCUUAACCGGCACACCUGAAUAUAAACAGCAACUGCUUACGAUAAAAAAACCAAAAGAUGGCUGUGUCUGUGCGGGGCCUCUACUUUAUUAUAACCCUAUUUUUAGGUAGUUUCUUUGGAAGUGUCGUCAUGCUGGGUCCAGUUUUGCCGCUCAUGCUGAUAUCUCCGGCUUGGUACCGCUGGCUUACGGAUCGAAUUGUUGCUACCUGGCUCACCCUGCCUGUGUCUUUGCUAGAGCUGGUAUUUGGGGUGAAGGUGGUGAUCACAGGGGAUGGCUUCAUUCCUGGGGAGCGGAGUGUGAUCAUCAUGAACCACCGCACCCGUCUGGACUGGAUGUUCCUUUGGUGUUGCCUGCUCAGGUACAGCUACCUUCGCCUGGAAAAGAUUUGCCUCAAGGCUGCUCUCAAGGCGGUGCCCGGCUUCGGUUGGGCAAUGCAGGUGGCCUGUUUUGUUUUCAUUCAGCGUCGCUGGGAGAUGGACAAGAAACAUUUGGAAAACAUGCUGGACUACUUCUGUGACAUCAGAGAGCCUCUACAGCUGUUAUUGUUCCCAGAGGGGACAGACCUCACAGAGAACACAAGAGCAAAGAGUGAUGCCUAUGCCGUGCAGAACAACCUUCCAAAGAUGGAAUAUGUGCUUCAUCCCCGCACCACCGGAUUCACCUUCAUCGUGGACAAACUAAGAAAAGGAGACAACCUUGAUGCUGUCCAUGACAUCACAGUGGCGUACCCUAAGAACAUCCCUCAGACGGAGCGUCACCUCGUUUUAGGACAUUUUCCACGAGAGAUCCACUUCCACGUACGCCGCUAUCCAGUUUCUUCACUUCCCUCCUCUUCCUCUGAGUUGGAGUCUUGGUGUCGAGAGCGCUGGGCUGAGAAGGAGAUCCGUCUGCGGGACUUCUACUCAGGCCAGCCUCGGGGCUUCGACAGGGACGGCUUUGCACGAGUGCCGCCUUGUAAGUCAGAGCUGCGCGUCUCCCUGAUCAAAGCUGUCUCCCUGCUGUAUUGGAGCAGCUUCAUCGCGUUUUGUUUCACAGGCCUGUGGCUCUGGUCUACCUUCAGGCUCUAUGUCCUGGUUAUGGUUAUAGUCUACACAGUCCAGCAGAAGCUGGCUGGUGGGAUGGAGCUGCUGGAGAUGGCUUGCCAUCAGUACUGGAAAUCCAAGUGUGAGAAGGAAAAAAUGCUUGACAAAAAAAUUCAGUAGUGAGGUGGGGAUUAAAAGAACCAGCAAUUCAGUUUGAAGCAGAUCAGUGCUGUUAGCCUGAUCUGAAUCCCUUAGAGGAACAGAAGCUUUUCUGCCUCAGAGGGUAACAAGUGCAUCUUCAGAUCGCUUCAGUGGAUAGAUUAACUCUCUGGCAAAAAAAAGAAAUAAAAAUAGGAAUGUUGGGUUUAUUUAUCCUUGCUGGGUUUAAGGUAUUCAUCACAUGUGAUGUUCCCUUUGACCUGUUGUGCAGUCAGGGUAAGAAGAAAAUAAACCAUCUGUUAGCUCUAGGGCUGAGCCUCUAAAAUCAUUUAAAUCUAGCGUAAAAAAAACACAAAGUUCAGCACAUUUUUUUUUUUUUCAAUGACAACAUGAGACUUUAAAUUGGGUGCACAAUCCUUGUUAAAUAAGUUGCUAUUGAUGUGUUUUACCAGUUUUAUGUCGUCUGUGUUUAAACUGUUAUUUAGUCUUUUCUGGCAUCGGUCAGGAGACAGUGCUGUUGGUAUUUGUUUAAUCACCAUGGCUAUAAAACCCAUUUUAUUGUAUGCUAUGUUGCCAUUGGUUUUCUGUUAUGACUUGUUGACUUUUACCAACAUUUAAAAUAGCACUGGUUGGAGGGACUUUUUAUUAGUUUAUCAAUGAAACAAACUGUCAUAUUACCAGAGAAAAAGUAGGAACGGUCCACAUUAGUCAGGUCUACAGCUCCUUGCAGAAUUCAUGUCACUGGAACCUUUCAACAACAACAACAAAAAAAGUUCCACAUUGUAAUCUCAAAUUUAAUUGUUUUUAUUAGGGUUUUAUGCAAAAACAAAGAAUCACACCAGGCUUAACUCAUUCCUCCCCAUCUGUUUGAGUAAAUCAUCUUCACCUGUAUCCACCCAUCAGUAGGGCACCAGAACUGCUCUGACUGUGCGUGCAGACAGCAACGAUAAUAUAAUGCUACCAUUCAAAGGAUUGGCACCAAAAGCACAGCAGAUAAAAACGGUCAGAAGGAAAGAAUAACACUGACUUCUUUUGUCUAGACCUGCUGUUUUUCCACACUUAGAUCAUUUAUCUCCUUUAUUGUAGCAAGAAACAUUUGUCUGGACAUUUAAUAGCUGGGCCUCUUGUCUUUUUCUUUAAUUAAUGUUCUCCUUGCCUGGCCUGAUGGUUUACAUGGACGACAUUACCGAUGCAGAUGUGCCAUACUGAAUUUAAAGUUGACGAAAUGAAACUAAAGCCAUAUUUUUUCUUUGGUCUUCAUGAUUUUGUUUAA